AUGGAAUUAAACUGGCCCAAGGCCCAUAACCCAUGUCUUUCAUACCGGGAUUGUGACCAUUGCAUUUGUGAUGCAUACGGUGCUUACCAAUUCAUAACAGCAGUGUCAGAGUUCAGCAAAGAUCCAAACCGAAGUGCUCCUUCCACCCUACCCUCUUGGGAACAAGAAAUACUGAGACCCCGUUCUCCUCCUAUCAUAUCCUAUCCCCAUCAUGAGUAUGAUGAAUCAGACAACCCUAUCACUUACAGUGUAUCCAGCUUUAGAAGUCUUGCUCAAACCUCCAUUUUUCUCUCUCGUGCUGACAUAUCAGCCCUCAAAAACAAGACUACAGGCAGCAAAUGUGCCACCUUUGAUGCAGUCACAUCAUGUCUCCGGAGAGCAAGAACUCGAACACUCAUUAACCCUAAAUCAAAUGCAAGACUGAUAUUUCCUAUUGACACCCGUUUUAGAUACAAAUCAUUACCGAAUGGUUACUAUGGAGCUACUGUCGUAUUCCCCUGUGCCAUUACAAAGGCAGCCAAGCUUGUGAAGGAACCAUUAUACUAUGCUGCAAAGCUGAUUUCGGAAGUGAAAAAGGAUGUUGGUGGAGACGACUAUCGAGCUUCAGUCUUGGACUUCAUUGAGUCGAAUGGGCGCAGGGGAUUUUACAGUGAAGAAGCAUUUGUGGUAUCCGACAUGAGAUGUUUGAGGUUUAAUGAUGUUGAUUUUGGAUGGAGAAGAGGAGUGUACGGUGGACCAGCAAGAGCUGGGACUGGGAUGGUGCCAGGAAUGGUGACCUCAGUUAUAGGACACAAGAAUGAGGAGGGUGUUGAAGGGGUGUUGGCUUUGAUUUCUUUGCCACCAGAAUCGCUGGAGAGGCUCCACAAGGAGAGGCGGACGGCGCUGCUGGAACUGGAGGCUAAACCGGAAAAGGAACCGGACGAACAGCGGGAGACGGAGGCGGACCUGGAAAGGAAGCAGAAGGAGCAGCCGGAGAUGAAACCUGGGGCUGAAAAGGAUUCAAAUAGAGAAAUGCUUUAUGCAAGUAGACGUACCAGAUAA